CCGGCAACUGUUGCGGCCAUGGACCACCCCCCGGCGUCUAUAUAAAGGCCAAGCUCAUUGUCAUCCCGGCCCUCCGCAUGUCCCGCUAUCCGUCCAUCCUCUUACCCGGCCUGUACUAUGCCACGCAGUACUGCUUUUCGGCCAUUUUGCCGACCGUCAACUAUUCCAUCGUCUUUGAAACGCGCUUUGGCCGGGGUGUCUUCCAGAAUGGCAUAUCGUACGGGAGCACCGUGACUAUCGCCAGUAUUGCCGGCGAGCGUGAGGCCAAACGGCUGGGCGCAGGCAGCCCACCGUUAGAGGUGCGGCUCAAGGGUUUGUGGUUGGAGGCGGCGCUGGUGCCCGCAGUGCUCAUCUUCGGUUUUACCAUGGAGUACGAGACACACUGGGCGGGCUCACUGGUGAACUUGUUCAUAGAAAUCUUCGGGAUCCAGGUCAUGGCGACCAUGUGCCUCACGCACAGCAUCGACUCGCACCGCGUGGAGGGCUCCGAGAUCUUUCAAUUCAUUAACUUCUGUUGCCAGACCGCCAGCUUCCCCGUUGCCUUCUACGCCGUCGACCUGUGCGAAGCCAUCGGGUUCCAGUUGGACUUCCUUGCGUUCGCGCUUGUCGGCACCAUCCUGGACUUACCGUCUAUAGUGUGGCUCUUGUGGAAGGGAGGCUCCAUACGCGAGAGACUAGGCAGGCCGGUCAAUGUCAGCGUUGCCCAGGAGAUUGGCUUUGAUUACGAUCUGGCCAAUUGCAACCGGGCCCACGAGUAG